UGACAAAAGCCCGAGUAAAUAGCCCUACUGUUGUUAGAGAGUACUGGAACUCCUACUAGCUAGGCUGGUCAUCAUGUCUUCGUCGUCAUCAGAAGAAGAGGAGAACACCCGAACACUCCUCCACCACAGCCCACUCCUUGAGAACCACGAAGGCGAGUUUACCCUUCCUCCUGUAGACACCAGUAGCAGUAGUAGCAGCGAGGAAGAGGAUGAGGAUGAGGAAGAAGAAGAAGAAGCCGCCGACGACAAAGAGGAAGAACGGCCAGUAAUGACUCAAGGAACCAGCUUUGUUGUGGCAAAUCUUCUGCACUUGCUCUGA